AUGGCAUCUUCCAACACGGCGGCCAUGCUUGCGCAGGCUGGCGUGCCGGCGUUCAAGUGUCCCCCGGGCACAAAGAUGCACAUCUUGGAUCUGGGUACGCUGCAAGCUGACGAGGGAUGGCUGCUUCGCGGCGGAAACAGCAGCUCGCUAAGCAACAAGAACCCGGAGAACAAGCGGCGGGAUCUGAUCAUCUUGUCUGCUCUGAUUGAAUAUCCUGGCGUUGGACUGAUUCUGUAUGAGACCGGCUGUGCCGAGGACUUGCAAGUCGCGUGGCCGGCGCCGUUGACCGACGUCUUUCCUCGCAUCGGCUAUAGUGACGAGCAAAAACUGCCCGCCGCGAUCAAGGCCACGGGCAACGACAUCAAGGACGUCAAGGCCGUGGUCAUAGGCCACCUGCAUCUCGACCACGCCGGCGGGCUCGAGCACUUCAUGGGCACCGAUGUGCCCAUUUACGUGCACGAGGAAGAAUUCAAGCACGCAUGCUGGGCCGUCGGGACUGGGGCCGACCUUGGCGUUUACCUGCCUGGCUACAUGUCGCUGGACAAGUUGAAGUGGAAUACCUUCAGCGAAGACCACUUGGAGCUGUACCAGGGCAUCACGUUGCACCAUUCGCCUGGCCAUACGCCCGGCCUGUGCAUCAUGCAGGUGAAUCUCGAGCGGAGUGGGACGUGGAUCUGGACGACGGAUCAGUUCCACAUUGCCGAGAACUACGAGUUGAGUCAUCCGCACGGCUGGCUUGCGAGGGAUCAUAAUGCGUGGAUCAAGAGCUUGAAGAUGAUCCAGCGGCUGCAGAGGUUAUUUGAUGCAAAGUUGGUGUUUGGGCAUGAUAUGGAUGUUGCGAAGAAGUAUAUGGGGAAGGUGCACGAUUGA